UGCGCGGGGGGCUGCGGAAGGGACUCUGCUUGUGGCGUCAUUUCCGGUUCCGGCAGAGGCGCGCGAGCCCCGCGUGGAGAAAGCGGCGCGAUGAGGCCGGGUUUCAGCCCCCGGGGUGGACGUGGCGGCUUCCGAGGCAGAGGUUCCGGUUUCACGCCCCGCGGAGGAGGCGGAGCCAGAGGAGGGGGCGUGGCCCGCGGCGGGGGCGGAGCCAGAGGAGGAGGCGGAGCCAGAGGAGGCCCUCGUGGGCGUGGCCGCGGCCGAGGGGGCGGGGCCAGGGGCGGAGCCCGCGGCGGCUUCAAAGGCGGGAAAAAAGUGACGGUGGAGCCGCACCGGCAUGAGGGUGUGUUCAUCUGCCGGGGCCGCGAGGACGCGCUGGUGACGCGGAACCUGGUGCCGGGAGAGUCGGUGUACGGCGAGAAACGGAUCAGCGUCGAGGUACUGGGAAUACUGGGA